AAACGGAAUACAUUCCCCUUUCCCGCACAAAAAGAUCACACUCAUUCUCUUCCAGUACAGUAGUGAGCAGAACCGAGCCCUAAUCUGUACGAAUAAUUCCAAAAAUCUUUACGAUGUCGUCCACCGCAGCACCACCGCCGACGGCAGUCUCCGGCGGAGGCGGUACAAGCGAGGACCGCCGGCAAAUCAACGGAGAGAAUUCAGACGGCGGUACAACCAUAGCGAUGCAGAGAAAACGAGCUCGAAGAGUGAGUUUUGCUGAGAUGACAUCUGUACACUUCUUCGACCGUGAUGAAGAGUACGAAACACCUCCUGACCAGAACAAAGCUGAAAUUAGCAGUGAACGUGAAGAGAUGGUGAACUUAGGUUUUGAUGAUCAAUUGGUGGAUGAGGAGUUUAAAGAGGAAGAAGAAGGAAAUGAUGAGGAUGAGGAUGAUGAUGGUGAGAUGGCGGUUUCUAGGUCGUUUUUAAGACCGAUGGAAUCGCCUUCUCCUGGAAGUAAUUUUGGUUCUGCUACUUCAAAUGAUGAAGAUAAUUUUUUCGGCCCAGUAUCUCCCAAUUUUAUAAGGCCAGGCCGGCUAUCAGAUUCAGCAGCGUCAGACGAAAAUCAUGAUAUUACUAUGGAUUCAACAGCUUUCUCCAUGCACUUCCGUAGAUUUGUUAGAUCAGAUUCAGGGAUAGACUUGAAGACCCCAACAGAAGUAUCAUUCGAAGAGAAAACACCAACACAGACCAGUCAGCGUAGUUCCAUGGAACUGACAAUGGCCAAGGAGCCAAUUUCUCAAUCUUCUAUGCCCGUUGCCAAUUUUAGUGGCAUUAGUGAUUCGAGUGACAUGAGUCUGAUUGGAGAAAACUCGCGAAGAUAUGAUUACGGGAGACUCUCUCCGGAUUUAGAAGCUCUUUUAGCAGAAGGCCAAGAGAGAUCUCAUGCAGUUUCUGUUUCAGGAGACACCAUUGUUUCAAAGUCACCAACAAGCAAGAAAAUGGAGGUUAGAAGUACAGUGACAGAUUUAGGUGGAAAUGGAGAACAAGAAGCAAAUGCAGUUGUUAGUCGUAAUAUGCAACUUGAACCUUUGUGCCAGGAAAUCGACGCAGAUGAUGGUUAUAGGUUUCCUUCUCAUGUUGUUGAUGGUGAUUCAGUGCUUAGAUCCACUGUUCCAGCUCCGGAUAAUUAUGUUGAUAGAGUAAAUCAGUCGCCGAAGCAGUUAAGUAAUGAUUUUGGUGAGAAUAAUAAGUCUGUCAAGGAUGAUUCUGUGGUAGGAAAUAGUGAAACCCUAUGUAGUAACAAUGGUGAGCUUGGUGAAUUUUGUUGGUCCCCAUGUGGCGCGGAAUCUCCAUUGGUGGAUUUAGUGUCCUCCUCACCAGCUACGCAAAGACUAAUAAUUAUGCGUAGUCCUUCACCGGUCAAACAGAAUUCAAUCACAAUGUCUUUCCUGGAAGAUCCCAUUUCCUUUUUGAGCAAUGAAAAGAGAGGAACUUGGACAGGUUCAGCAUCCCUCCAGAGGAGCAUUUCCAAACUUGAGAGACUUAAGGCUUCUGCACUCUCUUCUUCUCGUGGUGACAGAAUCCCCAAUAUGAGCAUCAGAGCUUUAGAAUUUCCAAAAACACCACCUUUGGAUUCUAUAUUGAAGAAAAGGAGCCUAGAUGUGGGAGUCAAAUGUCUGGAUGCCUCUAGGACUUGUACAGAGGAGCAAUUUUCAGGUACUUUUAUGGAGGGAGAAAGAAAAAUCUUCACAUCGGGUGGCAGUAAAAGUGAGGCUCUUUCAAGUAGUGAUGGUGUAAUUCAAUGUGAACAAUCUCAUGGUCCUGAAAAGCAGGGGAAAUCUCUCAAUCAGCUUGAUGCUUGUAUUCUCCCCAUGGAUCAACUGGUCAAGCUUACAGACCCCUCAUCUUCGUCAAGGUUUUCUUGGUCAGGGAAGAAAAGUGACACUUUUACACCUGAUGACCUCAGGCACAAGAUAUCACUGAUUUCUAGAACUGAUUCCCCAUUGGUUGAUAAUUUAGGGCAGGAGAAAGUGACUGCUAUUGCUCAAAAGUUGUUUUCUUCUCCAAAAAAGUCUUUGCAGUCAAAGUCAUCAACAUGGACUGAACAUCAGUCUAGCCCCUUUAAAGAAUCAAAGUUGCAUGAUGAACAUGCGAAAAGCUUUGGCCCUGUAAAAAAUGCAUCUUCAAUAGGUAAUGUGACAGAUGGACCUUCUUCGACUGGAACGGCUGGCAACUGGCAUUCUUCCUCCACACGAACUGAAGAACUUUCACCAGUUGUUGAAGGCAGCAACGUGUUAAGGCAACCAGACGGGACUGAGAGCACAGAAGCUAAGCUCCUUGAUCAAAUGAAUGAACUGAGAAGCAAUGAGGACUCAAGAAUCUCCACGGAUGGGAGCUCUCAUCUAUCUUCAGCAAUGCUAGAUGGGAAUAUUCAGAGUGAAGCCGGCAUCCCUAGAAUUGAAAUUGAUCCUCAAGAGCAAUCUCCUACAUUCAAUCAAUCAGCUGGAAGAUCUAAAAACUCUUCUGCCCAUAAAAGAAGCAGAGAAGAGCUGACAUUUGGAGAUAUGGAACACACAGAUGAAAUUAUCACGUCUCAAAGGAGCCCAAAACUCCAGAGAGGUGUUGGUAAUAAUCCAGGAACCUUGGGACAUCCUGAUGAUAUUGGACAAGAAAUGGUCAGAGCUCAUCCUGAACUCAGACAGAGGAAAGAUAUUAUUUCCAAAUUUAUGAUCGAUGCAGAUGAGUGGAUAUCGUUGCCAAAAGAAAGGCUUACUAUGCCAGCGAUUGAUUUGGUGGAAGACAUUGUCAGCCGGAUGGAGAAGGCAAAAACUUACGAGAUUUUGCACAGUCAAAUUCUCACUCAGAAAACGUCCGUUUCCAAUUUUCAGGAGAAAAGAGCUGUUGAAGCAAUAAUGUUGUUAUGUCAGCUUCUACAUGAGAAAGCAAAGUUUCACUUGAGGCAUGUGAAGAAGGAGAAACUGCUGGAAAAGUGUCAACUGUUGAAUUCUGGAAUUCAGAAGUCUCAAAUGUCAAACAUCAAUCAUUUGCUUCAUAAUUCUGUAACUGUCUCAAGAGGCACACUGGGUGAUGCAAUUUCUAGUGAGAGCUCAUCAGCCUGUGAAAAAGCUGUACAGGAGGUGCCUCAUAAUAAAGUGGCCACUAUCAAGGAGGCUUUGGAAGUUUCAGAAAGAAAAGUUGUAAAUUUGACUAGAUCUUUGCAUUCAUCCUUGAAACUUAAGGGAGAACUGAAUCCUGCCGAUACCAUCAUUUCCGUAAAAGAACAUUUAAUGAGGAGAUCGUGUUGUAGAUUCCUACGUCAAGAUAUGCAGAUGUGUGUCAUUCAGAAUUUGAGGAAAAGGAAUGGCCAUUACGAUGUCAUCCUCAACUAUCUCGGUUUGCUGGUUCAAAGUUUGAAGGUGACUGUUGGUCCAGACUCCAGCAUCAGCAUCUCUAACAAUUUAAAUGAUCUACUAAUUACUAAGAAUUUCCCAAAUAUCAAUGCUUGUGCUGCAUUGAGAUUUGUGUUAAAGGCCGAGAUAUCAAAGAAACUUGGUGCUAGGACUCCGGCACAAGAAAUGCAGGUUACCCGUUCUCUUUUAGGCAAUUCACUUGAUGUGGUCGCAGAGGUGCAAAAGGCACAAACACAAUUUCGUAAUUUGACUGAUAUUUCCUUUUCCACUCCAACUGUUGAAAAACUUGAGUUGCAGCUUCAUUUUAUGAAUUUUAAUACUGGCAAGAAGGUGAAACUGACACUAGAUAUGUCAUGCUUGAAUAGAGGGGUCUAUCCUUCAGAAGUUGUUCCAUCCCAGUUUGCAGCUCUAGCUGUUCCCGCGAAACAUUCAGAUGAUCCACUACUUGGUGAAAUUAGAGAUGCUGUCAAAAGCCUUAGAGCUGGAUACAUGAGGAUUAUACAGUUAUGUGAUUGUAUUUCGCGGGUGGUUCAAGCCUUGGGUGGAUAACAUCAGCAGAAAGGAACAAUUAAACAACUUGGAUGAAUGGACUCUUGUUGGGGUUGUCACUGCAUGGAACACAUACAAACUUCCCAUUGCGUGCUGCUAUAUUUUGCCAAAUUGCACAGGAUCUCCAUUGUCACAGGUCCUCUACCGCGGCAACAAUCACGUCAUAUGUCGAAUGAUGAUGGUGGUAUAUAGGGUGAGAUUAGAGCUGAAUGUAUAACUUGUUUCCUUUGAUGCUGAAGUAUUGUCCUCGGGGCAUUCUCCCAGGUCUGUUUUUCUUUUUUUCCCUAUUUUUUUUUGGGGGGAGUCUAAAAUUUAGAACUGGAACGAUCAGUGUGUGCUUAAUGAAAUAAUAUGAGCUGUUAGGCUA